AUGGCAGAGCCUCGGAGCCAGGCAGCCUGCCCCGCCGGCCGCCACGCCAUGAACAGCGCCCCGAGGGAAGCCCAGGCCCCGAGGGAAGCCCAGGCCCCGAGCCACCGCCUGCCCUCUGUGGCCCGCGCCCCCUCGGUCACCCAGGUCGCGCCAGCCAAGAAGAUCACCUUCCUGAAGCGAGGAGAUCCCCGCUUUGCCGGGGUGCGCCUGGCGGUUCACCAGCGCGCCUUCAAGACCUUCAGCGCCCUGAUGGACGAGCUCUCCCAGCGCGUGCCUCUUGCGUUCGGGGUGCGCUCCGUCACCACGCCCCGCGGCCUGCACGGCCUCAGCGCCCUGGAGCAGCUGGAAGACGGCGGCUGCUACCUCUGCUCCGAUAGGAAUCCCCCCAAGACGCCCGGGGGGCCGGGCCGGCCGCAGGGGAGCAGCCCCUCCGCUCAGCAGUCCCGGGAUUUUGAAGGCCAGCGGGAGGCGCCGGGAACAUCCUCCUCCUGGAAGGGCCCCAAAGCCCCAAGGAGGGUCCUGCUGGUUAAGAACGGGGACCCUCGACUCCAGCAGACGGUGGUCCUCAGCCCGAGAGACACGCGGCACCUGACGGCCCUCCUCAGCAAAGCCUCAGAUGUCCUGCGCUUUCCCGUGAAGCAGGUGUACACGAUCAGCGGGAGGAAGGUGGACUCCCUGCAGGCCCUGCCGCCCGUGCUGGUGUGUGCUGGCCACGAGGCCUUCAGACCUCUGGCCAUGGAAGAGGCCAGAAGAAACGGGACUGAAACUUUAACUGGGCCGGCUUCAAGGAACAAAAACGGGAGCUGGGGGCCCAAGGCCAAGCGGAGCGUGAUCCACACGAGGUCCCGGCCGGGCAGCCGGCCGCGGCGGGCUUCCCUGCUGUCGGAGAGGUCUGGGCUCAGCGACCCCCCGGCGUCCCUGCAUCGAACCUGGGAGGGCCGAGCCCCCGACGGUCACCCUCGGGACACACCGGCCCAGCCCGGCGCCCUGGUGGCCAGCGACGGCGUGAAGAAGAAGGUGCGGGUGAACCAGGACGGCAGCCUGGACGUGGAGAUGAAAGUCCGCUUCCGCCUGCUGGGAGAGGACACGCCGCUGUGGUCCCGCAGGGUGGGGCGGGCCUGCGGGGAGGGCCCCGACCUGGGGGGGGUGGCCCCCCUCUGCUGCGUGUGGCAGGGCCACCCCGGGGGCCGCCCGGCCACGGGGGCGGAGUGUGAGGACGCCUGUGGCCCAGGCGGGCCGUCGGGACCCAGAUACGAGAUCUGGACGAACCCCGUGCACGCGGCCCAGGGCCAGGGGCUGGCUUCGCCGAGGAGGUCGGGGCUGGCCCAGCACCCCCAUGGCAGGGGCCCCCGCGGGCAACGGGCCACGCUCAGGCAGAGGCGCUGGGACAGCCUCAGCUCAGCCUCCAGCUCCAGCCACCACGAGGGCUCGGAGCCAGACUCCUCUCGCUGCCCCAGGACCCCAGAGAGCGGUGCGGGCAGUUGUGGCCUCUCUGCCCCGAGCAGGGCCCAGCGGGAGGCCGGUCCGUGCCCAGAGGCCGCAGGGCUGGGCAGCCGGAGCGCCCAAGGGGCUCCUGCUGGCGCGUCGGCCCCCAGACAGUGGGGUGAGGCGAGGGCUGAGGCUUCCCAGGGGGAGGUCAGCCAGGGAUCUGGCCCCGGUUCUCCAGCCCUGAGUCCCUCAGCUUUAAGGAACGAGGACCUGCAGGCAGAGACGUGUGGGCAGGGCACUGGGAGCUGCCAGGCUGGGUGGGGGUCUGUGACGAGGCUGCCCCUGGCCCUGGGCAGCUCUAGCUCCUGGGAUGCAGACGGAGACUCUCCGCCACCGCCCAGGACAAGAAAGCAGAGGACCCGCGCCAGUGCCGAGUCCCCACCCAGCUCUCCUGGCCUCAGCCGAGUGGCUCGGAGAGGCCAUGCGAGGCAGUGUCACCACUGCAGGGACACCCACCGCCUGCAGGACUCACCUGCAGGGCAGCAGGCGCCGCCCCGGCCUCCCGAUCGAGGAGCGGCCCGCCCGGAGGGCCCGGCACCACGACUUUCCCAAAGCUCCUUGAGCACCAAGACACAGGCCUCCGGGGACCGGAGAGCCCCGUCCUCGGGCUCUCUGCGCUCCCAGGACCUGCCUGAGGCCAGCAGCGCCACCGCAAGCGGCUCGGACUGCGCUUCUGGUUCCUGCCACUGCGGAGCCCCCUCUGCGGGGUGGGCAGGGGGCGCGGGGUCCCGGGCGGGCUCCCCGGCUCCUGCUCCUCCCCACGCACCCCUCUCCUGCUCUCAGGCUGGGGCUGGCGGCCAGGGGGCAGAGGUGGGGGGCACCCCGGAGCCUUCCUCGCCCUCCUUGGCCCUGCAGGAGGGACGGCCUGACUUCGGGGAGGCGGGAGCCCACCAAGGCAGCUGCUGCUCACAGAUCGGGGCACCCCUGGUCCAAGGGGGCCCUGGUGGUAGCACACAGGCGCUGUGGGCACCGCCCCCCGAGGCCGCCUGGGUGUGCAGCAGGUACUGCCCCACCCCGCCCAGGGGGCGGCCCGGUGCCGAGAGGCGCCCUUCCGGCUGUGGGGGCAGCGGCGGCUGCCAGGGUGCUGCCUGGGGGCUGGGUGGGAGCAGGCAGGGGGAGGAGUCGCCCGUGGUGGGGGUGGGGCGAGUGCUGCCCCCAGACCCCACUGGGGGACCCCAGGGGAAGACCGCUGGGGGCGGGGGCGGCCCCGAGGAGCAGGAGGAGGGCAGUGGCGUGUCGCCGGGCGCUCUACCCCACGCCUCGCCGGACUCCGUGGUCCGAGAGUGGCUGGGCAACAUCCCAGAGGAGCCCGUGCUCUUGAAAUACGAGAUGGUGGACGAGGCUGCAGGUGCGGCCGGGGAUGGCCCAGAAAGCCCCAAGGAGGACCCUGGGGACGGCCGUCCCCCAGAAGGCCCAGGGGGCCUAGCUGAGGCCAGGCCGUGGCCCCCGGAAGGGAACGCCGGCAAGAACCCAGAGCCAGAUGGGGCCCUCCCAGGGACUGGGGGUGCCGGUCCCUCAUCUGCAGAGGGUCCUCCCCAAGGGGCAGCUCUGGGCAGAGACCCCAAAACCUCUGCGGAGGCCAGACUGGGCGGAGGGGUGGCCUCGGGCCGUGGGGCGCCCCCGCGGGUGCUUCCCGCCAGGGUGUCAGCCUCCGCACAGAUCAUGAAGGCGCUGAUGGGCUUCAAGCAGGGCCGGCCCAGCAGCCUGCCCGAAGUGUCCGGCCCGGCCGCCCGGAGGCUCAGCCGCUCGGCAGGGGCCCUCGUCGCCUGCCUGGCCCGGCUGCACUUCUUUGAUGAAGGCCUGGGGUCUCCUGCUGGCAAAGCGGGGUUCGCGGACUCCCCUCGGUACCGGGAGCUGCUCAGCCUCUCCCAGGCCCUGUGGCCGGGCUGUGACCUCGGCCCGGGCCAGCUGGACGCCGGCGUCCAGGAGCUCACGUGGAGCCAGGCUCCGCCGGGCCCCGGGCCCCACGCCGUGACCGAGGACCUCACGCCGACGUCCUCCUCCGGCGUGGACCUCAGCAGCGGCUCUGGGGGCUCGGGGGAGGGCAGCGUGCCCUGCGUGGUGGACUGUGCCCUGGGCCCGGAGAAGGUGCCGCUGCCCCGGACAACUGCCCACCAGAGGCCUGACUCCAGGGGCUCGGAGAACCUGGAGGAUCCGGGAAUGCCGCAGCUGAGCUCCCGCCCGGCCUACCCCCACGCGCAGGCAGCCAGCGAGGGCCGGGCAGGGGGACCCGGCAGGGGAGAGCCGGGGCUGGGCAGCCCCCCGGGGCAGGCCGUCGGACACGCAACGCAGGAGGACAGGACGCAGUUAGAGGGGACCGGAGGAGAAACGGAGAGAGAAGAACCGCAGGAGGCUGUGACAGAGGAAGGGCUUCCAGCGGAGGGCAGGGGGGGCUGUCCGGGUGGGGGUGGGGGGGCGCAGGAGCAGGAGGAAGCGGGAAGAGCCUCUGCCCCGGCAGCGAGGACAGAGGAGCCCGCAGAGCCCCGCGGUCAGCUCAGCGAGAGGGACCCACACGCCGACGGUGAGGAUCCAAGCGGCCCCCAAUGUGAGCCUGGAUUGGAAGAGCCGCCUGGAGCAGCCGCGACGGGACCCGGGCAGCCCCCAGCCUCACCCGGCGGGAAGAGCGUGCCCGUGGUGGGCAGAGGGUCUCUGGAUCCGGACCCCGUCUGGGCGUCCGCGAUGCUGAAGAAGAUGGAGAAGGCCUUCCUGGCCCACCUGGCCGGCGCCGUGGCGGAGCUGCGCGCCCGCUGGAGCCUGCAGGACCACGCGCUGCUGGACCAGAUGGCGGCCGAGCUGCAGCAGGACGUGGGCCGGCGGCUCCAGGCCAGCUCCCAGAGAGAGCUCGGGAAGCUGCAGAGCCGCGCGGCGCGGCGCAGGGCCCCGGGGCCGCCCAGGGAGGCCCUCAGGGGGGAGCUGUCCCUGCAGACUGAGCGGCGCAGGCGCUGCCUCCAGGGCCUGCGCAACCUCUCUGCCUUCUCGGAGUGCACCCCAGGCCUGGGGUCCCUCUCCCUGGAGGACGGCCCGGCCCUGGGGACCCGGCUGGGCGGGGUGGCCGAGGGGGAAGAGUUCUGUCCCUGUGAGGCCUGCAUAAAAAAGAAAGCAAGCCCCAUAUCCUCAAAGGACAGCGUGGGGACAACCAAGGCACCCAUCAAAGAGGCCUUUGACCUGCAGCAAAUCCUGCACAAGAGGAGAGGAGGGUGCUCCAGUGGGGACGCAGCUGAGGGGGCCCCUGAGAGGACAGGGACAGAGCAGCUGCAGGAGGAGCCCUCGAGCACCCGGCCCUCGAGGGGGGCUGAUGACGGGCUGGAGCUGGGGCCUGAGGUGCGGGGGGAAGAGGGGCAGGGGAGCCAGAGAGGCAGCAGAGAUGACAGUCCCCUGGCGGAGGGGGCAGAGGGGGCUGGCUGUGGGGAAGGUGGGGAAGACGCAGCCGCUCCGAGGAGGGAAGGGAGCAGCAACCUGGGGGCAGUGGACAAGGAGGAAGACAGGGCCCAGGGCCCAGGGGGUGAGGACAGUUUGGAGGGUGAAGCCUCAGCAAGAGGUGAGGAAGAUCCGGGAGGACAGAGUGAGGGUGCCGAAGGUGGAGGGGCCCAGGAAGCUGACGGGGAGGGGCGGCCUGGGUCAGCAGGGGGGCCUCCGGUGGAGACACCUCCCGCCAAAGCCCAGACCCCCAAAUAG